UCAAAACGUUUUACAUGUACGAAAACACCUACCAUUUUAAAGCAUGAAUAUCACCAACCCCCCACUAUUUUCUAUAAAUAUUAACCGAGCUAAACGAUCCCUAAACACAUUAACCGUUUGUAUAACCAUGGUUCCAGCAAUCUCAGGCAACUCAAACUCUCUGAACAUUCUUGAUUUUGUGGUGAACAAAGGUCAUGGUGUGAAAGGCUUAGCAGAUCUCGGACUAAAGACAUUACCACACCAAUACAUUCAACCUCCACAAGAACGGUUUGAUACGAGCCUUGAAGAUGCAACUCAUGACUCCAUCCCGCUUAUUGAUAUGUCCAGAUGUGAUGACCCGAAAGUAGCAGAAGCGGUAUGUAAUGCAGCACAGAAAUGGGGCUUCUUUCAGAUAAUAAACCAUGGUGUCCCUAUUCAUGUUCUUGAGAAUGUCAAGGAAGCAACUCAUGGAUUUUUUGGGUUGCCUGCUGAAGAAAAGAACAAAUACUCAAAAGAACAUUCGGUUACCAAUAACGUUCGUUAUGGUACAAGCUUUACUCCUGAAGCCGAGAAAGCACUCGAGUGGAAGGAUUAUCUCAGUCUCUUUUAUGUCUCGGAUGAUGAGGCGGCUUCUUGCUGGCCUCCCAUUUGCAGGAAUGAAGCUUUGGAAUACAUGAAGAGUUUUGAAAUUGUUGUCAAAAAGCUGCUUGAAAUACUCAUGAAUGGGCUAAAUGUAAAAGAGAUUGACCAAACCAAAGAAUCAAUUCUAAUGGGGUCAAAGAGGAUUAAUCUUAACUACUAUCCCAUAUGUCCUAACCCUGAGCUCACUGUCGGUGUGGGGCGCCAUUCAGACGUAUCCACACUAACGUUACUCCUUCAAGAUGAUAUCGGGGGGCUUUACGUUAGAAACACUAUGAAUAUGAAAUGGAUCCAUGUCCGUCCAAUUAGCGGAGCGUUGGUGAUUAAUGUUGGAGAUGCACUUCAGAUAAUGAGUAACGGGAAGUAUAAAAGUGUUGAGCAUCGUGUGAGUGCUAAUGGAAGUCGUAACAGGAUUUCAGCCCCGAUUUUUGUUAACCCGAAAGCUAGUGACAUUAUCGGACCUCUGCCUGAGGUGCUUCAAAGUGGAGAGAAACCACUCUAUAAGCAUGUAUUAUACUCCGAUUAUGUCAAGCAUUUCUUUAGAAAAGCACAUGAUGGAAAGGCCACAAUUGAGUUUGCAAAGGCAUAGUUGGUUUUCCGUGUGAAACCAAUCUCUUUUUUUCUAUAUUUCUAUCACUAGAAUAUUUUGUGUUUUAAUUCUAAAAUUAAUGUCAGUACCAUCCUAGUAAAUUUUAAUAUUUCGU